CCCAGGAAAGUGCAGCAAUUGGGCAGGUCGUUUCCGGCAGCCUGGACCCGAGCAAGGGGAGCGGGGCCGCUCGGGGCACCCAGCCAGCGGCGCGCGCUCCCCACGUAGGACCAGGCAGCAGCGGCGAGGCGCCCGCUCCAGCCCCAAACUAGUUCCCCGCACGGCUGGCCCCGCCAGACACCGGCUUCGCCUGCGGGGCUCCUCGCUUGGUUCCCCAUCCCGCGCCUCCGCCGCCCGCUGCGAGGAGCGGCUCUGCCUUUCUGGCCUGAACCCACGGGGCUGGAGCAACAAGACACCCGGGGGGGGGGGGGAGAAACUUAUGUUGUUUCCUCCUCCCCUAGAGCCGCGCAGAGCCGUGUCGCUCCCGUGCCGGCGCUGACGGGCAGGGGGGAGGUUUUGCCUUGAACUGCGCGUGGAGAGGAGCCACCAGCCCCCCUCCCACUGGGCGGGCAGGGGGGGUCCGGCCAGCCGCCGCAAGGAGGGAGAGUUGGGCGCCUGGCGGCCGGAGCUGGGCUUGUCCUCGCCAGCUGCUGCGUUCUUGGGGCUGCUCCCGCCGGAGGGACCGAGCCAGGCGUCUCCCCGCGGCUGGAGGGGAGCCGAUGCGAACCAGAGGCGCCCCGGCCGCGGCUAGCAGUGGGAUCUGCGUGACUCUCCCGGGCCCCCCGCAGGCGAGCGGCGCAGCGAACGAGCGAGCGAGCCCGGCAGGCUCGGGGCGAUGGCGAGCCCGAGGCACGGCCACUUAGCGGCUGCAGCGCUCUUCCUUGCCCAAUGCUUGGCAGCCCGCUUCCAGCUCGUGGACGGGGAGACGGCGCGGCGACCUCAGGGUGUGUUUUAUGAAGUUGUUCAGAGCGCCCCUCGAGUGGAGGAAAACGUUCAAGUGGAUUCACACCUAUACAGUCACAGGUGGAAAAGGCACUCGGAGUCUCUCAAAUCAGUCGAUACUAACAGAGCCAGCAUGGGGCAGGAUUCCUCAGAGCCCGGGGGCUUCACAGACCUACUACUUGACGAGGGACAUGACAACACCACACAGAUUGAGGAGGAUACAGAUCAUAAUUAUUAUACUUCCAGGACAUACGGCCCAUUUGAUUCUAUCAGCCGGGAUUUGUGGGUGAACAUAGACCAAAUGGAAAAAGACAAAGUGAAGAUCCACGGGAUUCUGUCCAAUACCCAUCGGCAAGCAGCAAGAGUGAAUCUGUCCUUCGAUUUUCCAUUUUAUGGACAUUUCCUACGUGAAAUUACUGUGGCAACUGGGGGUUUCAUAUAUACUGGAGAAGUUGUGCAUCGAAUGUUAACAGCUACGCAAUACAUUGCACCCUUGAUGGCAAAUUUUGACCCCAGUGUGUCAAGAAAUUCAACAGUGAGAUACUUUGAUAAUGGCACAGCACUUGUUGUCCAAUGGGAUCAUGUACAUCUGCAGGAUAAUUACAACCUAGGCAGCUUCACUUUUCAGGCUACCCUUCUCAAUGAUGGGCGUAUCAUUUUUGGAUAUAAAGAAAUUCCUGUCUCAGUGACACAGAUAAGUUCAACCAAUCACCCAGUGAAAGUGGGACUGUCGGAUGCAUUUGUGGUGGUCCAUAGGAUCCAGCAAAUUCCCAAUGUCCGUAGAAGAACGAUUUAUGAAUACCACAGGGUGGAGCUACAGAUGUCAAAGAUUACCAAUCUGUCAGCUGUUGAGAUGAUACCUCUACCUACCUGUCUCCAGUUUAACAGCUGUGGUCCCUGUGUCACUGCCCAGAUUGGCUUCAACUGCAGCUGGUGUAAUAAACUCCAAAGAUGCUCGAGUGGAUUUGAUCGCCACCGGCAAGAUUGGGUAGACAGUGGCUGUCCUGAAGAGUCGAAAGAUAAGGUCUGUGAGAAGAAUGUGGACACAACUGAGAAGCCCCCUCAUACCACCACUUCCCUCCAGCCAACUACCACGAGGUUCAGAGUUUUAACCACCACCAAAGGAGCCACUACAUCCCACCUGCCAACCAGCCUGCCCACAGAAGAUGAUACCAAGAUAGCACUGCACCUAAAAGAUAAUGGAGCCUCUACAGAUGAUAGCGCUGCAGAGAAGAAAGGUGGAACUCUCCAUGCUGGUUUAAUAGUUGGAAUUCUGAUAUUGGUCCUCAUUGUAGCAGCAGCCAUCCUUGUGACAGUCUAUAUGUACCAUCAUCCAACGUCAGCAGCUAGUCUCUUCUUUAUUGAGCGCCGCCCAAGCAGAUGGCCUGCAAUGAAAUUUCGAAGAGGCUCGGGACAUCCUGCAUAUGCUGAAGUGGAACCAGUUGGAGAAAAAGAAGGCUUCAUUGUAUCAGAGCAGUGCUAAAAUUUCUAGGACAAGAACACCAGUACUGGUCUACAGGUGUAAGACAUUUACUUUGCCUCUCUUUAAAGAAAAGGAGGCCUGAGCUGCUGUAGCUGUAAAGAAAGAAGAUUGUUGGAUAAAUCUUGUCCAAGAAGAAAAAACGAUUUAGGAUACCAGAUUACCACUGCGCUGUAGUUUUCCUUAGUGGAUUGACAUACAAUAGUUCAUUCAGAACACCCUGAGUGGACAUCUACAGUCUCAGAAAUGUGGCACAAAUGCCAUGUUAUUGGUUUAGGUAUGGGGUUGCAUAAGAAUCAAAAAAUAUAAUAAAGCUUUAGUUCAUCAGGGUGCUACCCUUUUGUUCAAGCAUUCUUCUCUGGUGUCUCAAAGAUAAAGUGUUACAAAUCUGUAACCCUUUCAUGCAAAGAGCAAAGGUCAGUUUUGACAAGGUUGCUAAGAAAAUCAAUUCAAUGCAGGUAAAAAAUAAGCAAUUUUCUAUACUUCUACAAAUGAAUGUGGAAUACAAUUCUGAGUGUUCAAUGCCAAACUAACAUAACCAAGUGAGUGAGUGAGUUACAGUACAACAUAGAUUAUUUCCAGGAGUAGUAGAAUGUUUCUUGUACUUUGUUGGUUAAUAUCCCUUAAACAAGCCAUGAUAAAGAAUUAGAAAGUUAGCACAAGGCGGUUAGAAAAAAUAGCUGGGAGUUUUCACUAUGGUGAAAUUGGGCUGUAUAAUUGGAGUUCAUGGUGAAAUUGGACUAAUUUUCAGUUUCAAUGUUCACUAAACAAUUAAUUAUUGGAUUUGUUUUAAGGGAUUCCACUUCCAUUUCCAAACAGUGGGCUGAAAUGAAGGCAACAGAUGCUUUUGGCUGAUGCUGGCAGAAAUCAACUUAGACCAUUUCUCAAAAAAUAUGAUGAAAAAAUGUUAAGAUUUUAAACAAAUGGAUUUUUAUCCUCAUUGUGAGUCCUUCCCGAGAAGCAUUGCAGAUUCCAGUGCACCCCUCCCAGAAAUACAGAUUCAAAGUGUUGCAGAACCCUGCUGAUUCAUUCAGUGAUUUCGUUUAACACACAUAGUACUUGCAUAAAUAUAUAUAUAAAUAUAUUUUUUUUUAUAGCUAACACAAGGCAGGCUCUUGUGGCUGUUAAGACUGCAUUUUUGUCAUCCAGACGGAGGAAAUGGAUUGCAUUACUGCAUAUUUCCACUGAGUUGUAAAAUAAUCCUUAAUAUUAGAAUAUUUUUAUGUUGCUUAGGGAUGGUGGUUCGUUUAGUUGCAGUGCCAUAACUUUUCUGCAUACUGGAGCCACGUUUCCUUUAAUAUCAACCCUUUUCCUCCUGGACUAGGGAAAAACAAUAUGAUAAAUUCCCAGUGAAAAGAAAAGAUAUUCCUUUGGUGGAAAGGGGUUAAUAUACACUGAGCUACUAAACUUUUCAAUUCAGGUAUUGUAUGUACAUUUCAUUGUGGUCUUUCACUUUCAAAUCUUUUACACACUGUACAAGCAGAGGCCCUUGAAGCAUUUUAAGGUACAGUAUUCAACAUUUGCAGUUUUAGGUCUCAAGUAGUUUAGCCACCUUGUAGUUACAACCUUAAUUAAUCAGUUAUUUACAUUCUUGUCAAUGCUUGUAUGGUCUAAAUUUGUUUACUUAACUCUGUUUUAAAAAUAACAUGAUUUUUACUUGUUAUUUUCUUCAGUAAAUAAUACAAUACUGUAUUUUCUGUAUUCAUUCUUUAUUCUAUGUAACACACAUUUUACAGUCAGUUUUAAAUCAUCCACUGUGCGGUUUGAAAUGUUCCAAAUCUAACCACUAUUAAUUUGAAACUGCUAAAAACCACAUCUUGAGGUCUGCUGAAAAUCUUGCCGCGAUCACUCUUUUAUAUUUCUGUGGCUCUACCAACACAUAUUUCUGAUGGGGGAGGGUUUAACGUACUGGCUAUUAAUUCAGAUAGCAAUAAUCAAAUAUAUGCACAUACCUAUCUGGUGACACUAAUUUUUAAAAUAAAACACAUAACAGUGCACAUAAUUUUAAAAAAAAAAAACUUCCUGGGUCUGAUACUUCUAUCUUAUUACAAGUAGAUUUGCAAUCAUCAGCUAGGAUCUAUUGGCCUAAUAAAACAAUUACAGAACUCGCACUUGUGAUUUUUGAAGCAUGAUGCCCUCACCAGUUAAAAUAAAUGUUAUUCCAGAUCACAUCAUGACAUAUCAGCCAACAUAUAAAUGUUGUGGAUACUCUUCAGUCAGAUUCACAUGAUGCUGCACUAUGUUUGGUUGUCUAAAUAUUCAUGUAAGUAAAGACUACUCACAGAACUCUGGGUUUGAAGGCUGAAGCAUUGGCUUAGUAAUACAAGUUGGAUUAAGUUUUACUUAUGAAUGUUAUACAGAGUAAACAGUGGAGCUGGCUGAAUAAUACUGAUCAUGUUAUUUGUGGGUUUCAUGAUUUUGUUUCAUAGCCAACAAUUUUUUCUGUUUUCAUUCCUAUCCCCUUUAUAGAGCUGGAUGAACAGUUUGUGAUAAUUCACAAAUAAACAUACAUUUGAUGACAUUUCUUAAUUGAAA